GGCCGACAAAAAUAUAAAUGUCUCGACGUCGUUCCCAUCUCAGUCAACUUUUGUUUCUCUCGGCGUCGUCGGACGACUUUGCUUCUGACCUAAGAGCUUGUGUCACCCGUGAGGUCCUGGAUCACAAGCCCGGCCAUCUCGGCAAGAAAGCAACCAUCGACGUCGUACUCCUCGGUCGCAUCUCAGCACCCAUGGUCUUACGACUCAUGUUAGUCCCGACACCGCUUUAAAUGUACUUCGUAGGAACACUCCUACCUAUCGUUUUUUUACUACACUCCAGCCAGUGACGCCCGACUAUGUACCAUCUCCAACAAAGCCGUUUCCUUCCUAGGUACCUAGUCUAAUAAGCAUAAGUCUAAGCAAUAGCUUCGCAGCUUGGCGAGGCAUUUCUCCAGCUAAACCGGCGCUGUGCCCUGCUCGCGAACUUUCCGAGAGUACUUCGUCGGAGGCUCUGAGAGACUGAGACAACGACACCACUUAUUUAAGCAAGGCCAUGCUGA